UCCCGGGUAUAAAGCCCGGGUGCCUGUCGGGAGCUGGUGAGGACAGACUGCCAGAGUCCGCCUUCCAGGUCCCCGACGUCAUGGGCACACGAUUCCUCCUGGCUCUGUUCCUGGUCCUUCUGGUGCUGGGCUGUGAGGUCCAGGGGGCCCAGCUGCCCCCACAAGAUGAGCCUGCCAGCCUGCCUCUGCUGGCCCAGGUACAGGAGUCGCUCUCUUCCUACUGGGGCACUGCCAAGGAGGCUGCCCAGGGCCUGUACCAGAAGACAUACCUGAACGACAUGGACGAGAAAAUCAGGGACUUGUAUAGCAAGGGCUCUGCAGCCAUGAGCACAUACGCAGGCAUCUUCACUGACCAGCUCCUCACUCUGCUGAAGGGAGAUUAGCAACAACCCAUGGUGGUGGAGGGGGUUAGCCCAGGCCCAGCCUCCCCCUGGCUCUCCUGACCUUCCUGGGGAAUCAGACUGGGCUCCAACCACACCAGCUGCUCUCAGCCCUCUCCUCCUGCACUAGCCUGAACUCUCAUCUGUGAAUCAAUAAAUAAAUAAUAAGUAUUUAUUCUCUUU